UAUCUGAUAUUGAACCCUUUGGGCCUUUCGACAUUUCUUCUCAAGCGUCUGAUAUUGAAUCCUUCGUAUCUGUCCCUAUCGAAAAUUAUUCUCAAGGCUCUGACGUUGACCAAUUUUUGAAUCUUUUCGGUUCCAAUUUUUUCUUUGAUCAGAACGAUGUGCCUUCCCAACAAUUAUCUAAUCCCGAUUUUAACGUAUCAUAUGCCGAGAACACUAAUAUUCCGUUUUUGAACGAAUCGUAUCAUGAUUACGAAUCUCAAAAUCCAUGUAAUAUAUCAAUCGUUCCACCUCCUGUUGGAUCAAUCGUUCCACCUCCUAUUGGAUUAAUCUUUCCUCCUGUUGGAUCAGUCGUUCCUCUUCCU